AUGUAUAAUAAUUAGAUAAAGAAGUCUUCGUUAGACUUGAAUAAUGAUAGCAUUAGAGGAGGAGCAAAUUAUGGUUAUACAGCUUCUAAAAACUAAUAAUAAAUAUAAUAAAGAUUAAAAAAUAUGAUCGAUUAGCAAUCAACUCUCAAAAGACAUGGAAGUUAUGAUAACAGAUAGUUCAGAAAUACUUUUGAUUUUGACAAUUCGUAUAGCAAUAAAGCAUCUAUGAACAAAGACACUAAAAAUUAUUUAAAAAUUCAACCAUUUCAAGUAUCUUCUUAAUAAACUUAAAAUUUGGAUUACACUGCAGGUUAUCAAUCAUUAUCGCCAAUUAGUCGAUAAAUAAUGAAGAAAAAAAUGAACUAAUCACUUUAAUUGUAAAAUGAGUCAAUAAAUAAUACUCAAGAAUAUGAUUUUCAAGCUGAGUCAGCAAAUUAACAGCUUGGAUAUUUUUAAGUUCCUUUAUAAUCUCCACAAAAUAACAAUUUAAAGUCUUCAUAAAUCUAAUAAUAGGGACCUAACCAUCAGUACAUCAAUCUUUCAAACUACUCUAAUUAACAAUAAAAAAAUUAGGUGAUUCAAAACAAUUAAAUACCUCAAAUGAGCUAAAUAUAAUAGCCUUAAAUCACCAUGACUACAUCAACUUUUGUACCUCCAAAUCAAUAAAAUAAUCUUUAAAAAUACUAUUUUUCUUCUCCUAUGUAAUAAAAUUACAUGGUAAGAAACAAUAAAAUAAAUCAAAGUGUUGAUUUAAGUUAAUCAGAUAAUAUGCAGCUAUAGAUGGCAAAAAAGAAUUUAAAUUAUAGUUUGAUCUAACCUUAAAGCACCAUACUAAGUGGUAAUAGUUUAAGCAUGCAAAAAGUGAAUACUCUUCCAACUGAGAUGAGUGAUAUCUCAUAUGACAAUAAAUGCUUAAAUAAUAGAAUAGAUUAUCUUUAUUAAGAAAACUAGUAAUUAACUAAUGAACUUUAGGAUACAUUAAAUUAAUCAAAGUAAUACCAAUAGCAAUACACAGACUAGCUUAAUCAGCAUAAUUAGCUUCAGUAGAUAUACAAUCCUAAAAUGAAUACUAAUACGAAUAUCAACUCUUCCAUGGAGAGCUUAUCUAACCGUAUGGUUUAGGAAAAUUUACAGAAUUAUUCCAAUAAAAGAGAAUAAGGAGUAUUUAUGAAUCAAGAAUAAGUUGAAAAUAUAUAAAAUUAGCUUGAUGAGAUUAAGCAAUAUUUAUAGAAGUAAAAUACUCUUUAAAAAGGAGACUUUAGAUAAAGCACGAUUCAAUCUGAUUUAUUGCUGAAUAAAAUCAUGUCUUAAAAAAAAAAUAAUGAAUCCCUUGAUGAGUUUAAAGAGGCUUUGGCUAGUACAACUUCUGUUUAAAAUUUAUCUAAACGCUAAUCUGCCUUACAACAAGCUUUAUCGAUUAAUCUUAAUUCAAGUAGAUUAGGAAAGAUGAACUUAAAACAGAGCUUAAAUAAUCAAUUAGGUAAUAAAGUUGUAAUACAACACAUUCAAACAUAACUUUAGAAUAAAUCUUAAUAAAGUAUUGAAAGUAAUCCAAAUGCAAACAAUAAUUAAAGUAUGAAAGAUUUAAAUAACGAUCAUACCAAUGUUUAGAUUAAAAACAAUAAUCAUAUCACUGCGAGUGGAGAUAAAAAUGAUGUAAAUUUGCUAAGCAUGAGUAAUAGUAUUAGAAGUAAAAAUUAAAGUAUUCAAAAAUCAGACUAAAUUCAUUAAAAUACCAAAAAUACGAAAAGCACUGACAUGAAUAUAUAAAAGGCUAUCAAAAGUAACUUAUCUAUUGAUAAGGAAGAUAUAAAAAAAAGAUUAAAUAGCGUAUAAAACAACAGGACCUCACAAUCUUAAGAUUAUUACAUUGAACCCUUGAGUAAGGAAACAAUAGAUAGUGCGUUAGAUGUUGAAAAUGAGUCAACAAAGACAAAUAAUAAUCAAGAAAAUAAAAUUCCAAGUUAGAAUUUAUCUGUGUGCUAAUAAAAUUUGACCCUUUAAGAGUAGUUGUAAUAGAAGGAAGAAUAAAUUAAAAAGUUAGAUUAGUAGAUACUUUAGCUUUAACAAGAGUAGGUUUAGAUUAAAAUAAAUUACGAAACUGAAAAAAGUUAAUUAAAAAAUGAAAAUAUUUUACUUGAAGGAAGAAUAAAGCAAAAAGAAUAAUUUGAGGAAGAGAGGAUAAAACAUGAAGAAAUAAUAAAAGAGCAGUAAAUGAUCAUGAAACAAAACUAAGAUUCUAUAAUAUAAGAAUUGCAAUCAAAAAAUUAGAAUUUAGUAAAAGAGCUAUAGCAAGCUGAAAAAAAUAAUUAAGAUUUAUAGGCUUAACUAUAAAACUACUAAAAAUAAUAAAAAUUUUUGUCGAGUUCUGUUAAAGAAAAAGAUCAGUUAAUUGAAAAAAUCAAGAAAGAUAAUCAGAAUUUGAUAGAAUAAAAAAAUAUCAUGGACUUUAAUAUGGGAGCUUCAGGUAACAUGAUGGGAAGCUAUCAGCAAUAAAUCAAUCUUGAGUAAAUGCAAAAGUAGUUUGCCCACGUUUUAGAAAUGAAAGAUAGAGAAAUUAUGGAAUUAAAAGGAAUGUAGGAAUAAUUAACUUUAAAGAUUAAGUCUUAUGAAGAAUAAUUGAAUUAAAUUACAAAUAGUGAUCAAUAAAGUAUGAUGAAGUAAAUUUAAAUUUCUAAAGGAACUAUUGAUUAGUUAAGUUAGUAAAUUGAGAGAUAUAAAUAAGAAUUACACACUGUUCAGCUAUCUAUACCUGUAAACCAAAGUUAGCAGAGAUUUUCUAAGAAUGGCUCCAAACAAACAAAUGAUUCUGAGCUCAUAAAGUAAUAUCAUGCUCUACAAUACUAAUGUGAUGCUUUAAAAGCAAACAAUGAUCAAUUAAAAGCAAAAGAGAUGGAAUAUGAGCAAUCAAUAAACAAAUUAAAAGCGGGAUAUUAUGAAGAAAGUGAAGCUAGAAAAGAAUUAGAAAACAAAAUUAAGUUGAUAAGUUAAAAAAGUAAUGCAUAGCAAUAAAAUACUAUUCAAGAAAGCGCUGGCUAUAUUGUCAAGGAGCUAAUUUAAAGAAAAAAGAACGAAAAUAAUCCAAGCAAUCAACUCUAAUUCAAUUAGAUUAGUGGUGAAGGUCUUAAUGAUAAUUAACUGCUUAAAGAAAUCAUUAACGGCUUAACUAUUUAGAUGAAUGAAAAUCAAUAAAAGUAUGACGAUGAAAAAGAAAAGCUGUAGGCAGAUAUUAGGAAAUUAAAAAAUGAACUAGAAUCUAAAAAGCAAGAGUGCUAGAAAAAUGUUUUAGAAAUAAAUAGAUUAAAUAAAGAACUUGAAUUUUCAGAGAUAAAAGAAACAUUAAAUGAUAGAGAAGAAGAAAUGACCUAGCUAAAAUAAAAGAUUGAAGAGUUAUAAAAAUAAAUUAGAUCUUUGUAGGAGAAACAUCUGAAUGACAAAAACUAAAUUAUCAAGGAAAAUGAAAAUUAUGUUGACAGACUUAAAAAAGAAUAUGAAGAAAGAAUAAAUUAUUAUAAAUAGUCACAAAAUGGUGGUCAGUUACCAUCCAGCACUAGCGAAGAUAAUAAACUACAGUCUGAAGCUCACAUAAAUUGUUUAGAGCAAAUAAAUGCAUUGUCAAAAGAAUUGGCAACCUGCAAAUAGCUUUAUCAAAGAGCUUUAAAUGAUGAAAUGGUUUAGACAUAGCAAUUAAUUAACAGUUUAAAUAACGCUAUUUUAGAAAAAAGAGAUAAAAUUGAUAAAAUUGAAGAGCAAAAAGGAGAGAUGUAAAGUUAAAUUAGCAACUUUAACAGCUAAUAUAAAUAGCUAAAAGAAAACUUACUUACAGCAAGCAUGUCUGUGACAUUAGAAAGCUCUCAUGUUCUAAGAGAUGGACAAUGUGAAAUUUUAAAGAACCUUAUAGAUAAGGUAAAAGAUAAGAAACAAAAAGCAUAAGAAAAAGCUAAAUAGCUUGAAAAAGAAAAUAAAAGACUACUUGAAGAAAGCAAGAGGCUCUAACAAACCAUAAAAGAUGUCGAAAUUAGAAAUUCUGAAAUAGAAAACUAAAACCAUGUUUCACAAUAGGAAUUAGUCAUUUUACAAGAAAGGAUAAAAGAUUAUGUAGAAGAGGACAAAAAAAAAUCUUAGGAAAUUGAGCUAUUAAAAAGUCAGGUUUCAUAAAUAGGCAAUAAAUCUAACAAACAUGACCUAGAAAACACAAUUGGAUUGACCUAAAAUGAUAAUUAGAAUGAUAACUUUUAGCUAAUGGAUAUAAAUUCAUAGUCUUUAGUCGUGCAUGAUGAAUCUGAAAGAUAGACUUAAUUGAAAAUUUUAGAUAUUAAUGAUGAAUUGGCUGUGUCUGAAUAGCCAAAAUUCUAAAUUGAAGUAUCUAAGUCUAGAGAGAGUUUAAAUAGUAUUUUAUCAAGCAAGCAUGGCGGUCCAAUAGUAAUUGAUUAAGUAUAUAAAUAAAAUAUAGCUAAAGAGUAUGAUAUACUUUUAAAUGACCAUACAUAACUUUAAAAGAAAUAUAAAGUUGCAUAUGCUUAGCUUUAAGAGAAACUUAAAUCAGAAGCUGUUCUCCAAGGCAUGAUUAAAACUGAAAAUGCUAAAAGAAAAACUCUUGAAAACAAUUAUAAAAAGCUACAAGAAGACUAUGAUAAACUAGAAAAAAUUAAAAAAGCAAAUUCUGAAAACAUUAAAAAAUUGUAAUAAAAAAAUGUUCAGAAUGAAAGCAUUAAAGAAUUCUUUGAGAAUUAAAUGAAAGAAUAUAAAGACGUUAUUGAAAAAUUACAGCAUCAGAAAAAAGAGCUUGAAGAUAAAUUAAAAAGUAAACUAUAGACAUCAAUGAGCAACGUUAAAGCUUCUUCAAUGAUAGAAGCUUCUUAUUACAAUAGCACAUCAAAUAUUGGCGAGAGCAGUAUUGUAGAACCAGAAAAGCUAUUGAACGAUUUAUAAGAUAAGAUAAAUGAAAAUUGCAUGUUAAAUAUGAAAAUAGAUGAGCUAAAUGAACAAAUUAAAGUUCUUACAUUACAUACUUAGUAAGAUGAAAGCAAUCAAGACAAGUAGACAAGUAUUUAAAAUUUAAUGAUAGAAAAUCAAGCUCUUAAACAUAAAGUAUAAAUUCUAACAGAGGAAAACGAAUAGCUUAAAAAUCAAGUUGAUAACUACUAAAUUGAAGCAUAAUUAGGAGGUUUAGAAACAAGUGACUUAAAAGUUUAAUGUAAUAAUUUACAAGCAAAAAUAUCUGAACAAUAAGAUAUUAUGAUUUAAAAUAAUUUGCAUAUUGAGAGCUUACAAUAGCAGAUCAAUCAUUUAAAAGAGCUACUUAUUAAAAAUUAAAUAGAUCAAGAAAUUUAAAUGUGUGAUUAAAUCAUAAAAUCCCCUUCAAUUAUUUAAGAUAAAUAAAAUGAAAAAAGUGAAAUCAAGCAAGAUCUUAAAGAUGAAGAAGAAAAAGAAGAACAUAAGUAGAAAUAAAUAUAAAUUCCAGAAUAAAAGUUGUAAGUCUAGAACAUCGAAGCUUCUUAACAACAAAAUAACCCUGCCUAGCAAGAAAUUAAUCCUUAAAAUAUGAUAGAAAAAAUAUAAAUUUUCAAUGAAUACAUGGUAUAAGACGAUUUCAUGUGCUAAUCUUCUGAAUUUAACCAAUACAACUAAGAAUAAUGUUAAAAAGAAGCGAGCGUAUUAAAAGACUUGACCGAUUUGAUAAAAAAUAUAUGA